AAUGCAUACAUAAGAAACAUAAAUGAUAAACCUCUCUCGAAAUUUUGCCACUGAAAUUUGGAAUUAUCUUCUUCAUGAUUUUGCACAGACUCAUUUUGACUGUUCUCUUUUCAGUUUAUCAAUUGUAUGCAAUAUAGUUUCAUUUGAAUGUUAUGUGGAUGUUGCAUGGCUUCAUAUUUCAGUAUGGUUUAGAGACAUUGGCAUUGCAGUUGUUGUGAGAGACUUCGUUGGUGAUUGCUUGCAGGUUUUCUAUUUGAGCCAGUUUCAUUGAAGAUGAGUACAAUGGGCUUGUUUGAGCAAAGUCCUAGAAAGAAUUAAUUUUGUGCCAAUAAAUGAAUAAUUUUUGCCUCCUAUGUUAAACUGAAUCGUGUAAUAUGCAACCCUCAAAGAAUCAUGUGAGUCGUUGCUAUAAACAAAUUUCUAUUCAUUGACUAAUAUUUUGCCAAAAUACUUUCCAACAUGAAUAUUAAAUCAUUUCGCAAUAAUUAGGCCUACUUUGCUUUAGGACCAUUAUGUCAUCCAAUUUUUGCUGUAUUUAUACCAAUUCCUAGUUAGGCCAACACAGGACAGUAGUAUUUGUUAAUGCAAAUCCUCGAAGAAUAAUUUAUUCUGACAGGAUGUAGGUGGAUGAUGACUUCCUUCUUUUGUAAUGGACAAAUUUAUUGUCUGAACUAUUCUAGCAGCAUCAUGCCACACGAGUCACACAUUUGAAACAGCUGUUGGUUGCGAGCCAUCAUUAUAUAGUUAUGGUAUACUGUUAACGCAUGCUAUGUUUAGGUGGUAGUACUCAACUAUUAUUUUCAAUAUUCAAAAUGGAUUUGUUUCAUUAUAUGAGGUCAUUGUAGGUCAUUCAUUGAUAGUGAGGGAUAAUAAUGUCUGGUCCAGCUGAAUCCCACUUUGUAAUUUCUGAUUAAAUUCUGUCUUUACUUAAAUUCUGUCGUUGCGUACAGUACUAGUUAUGUUAAUCGAAAUAUGGAAAUACAGAUUUAGUUGUAGAGUUUACAAUAUUUCUAGUCAUUGCACUUGUGGUGAAUUUGUUGCUAUCAUUAGUGCAGUUUAUCAUUACCUCAUUUUUGGUUAAUAUGAUUUAGAUAUUUAGUUUAAUUAAAUAAUUUUGAAGUUUUUUUUUAUAUACACUUUACUCAAAGCAAAGUCCUGAAUCCUCAGGUAAAAGUUGAAAUAGUUCUGAUGGCGUCAGAAAGCAUUGAUGUUCUAAAAACAAUAUAUUUUAUCAUUGUGGCACUAAUAUGUCAGUAGCUGGAAGAGACGUGAUGCCUGCAACAAUAUAGGCAUACUUUUACUGAUUUGGUAUUUCAGAUUCAUGUUAGAGAAAUCUAAAGAAAUUUUUCAUGAAAGUAGGCAAUUAUUAGGAAUUUUCAUGAAAUUUUGUGGCUUGAGUUGGUGUAAUAUUAUUUUUACAAUGCGUACAAUGACCCAAAAAAUGUAUAAUAGAUAUCAGACCUGAUUUACUCAGCAGUAGCAAUUAAUAUGUCAUAUCAUAAUUUAGUGAUGUAUUUGAAUGUAAUAACAUGAAAUAUGAUUCGUGAUCGAAUGCCUGAUUUAUUAGAACUUGCUAGAACAAAUCCUGGUUUAUAUAAUGAACCAGAAUUGCAUCAAGAAGUUCCUCUCGAUCCAACUCUGAAAGUUAUGUUUGAAAGGGCAGCAAAAGUCGCAAAAUUUCUGUCUCAGAUGAAGAAACUCAUGUGGGAACUAAAUAAACUACAUGAUCGAAUAUUGACGUGUUCUAGUUUUGAGCAAGAAGAAGAAUGCAGGAAAUUGAUUUCAAAUGUUGGAAAUCGAUUUGGUGCUUUGGCAAGAAAGAGUAAAGCUGUGUUAAGAAGAUUUGAAAUUGAUGAAAAUAUAAUGCAAAAUUAUUCUGCAGCAAACCAUUCCCCACCUAUUGUUGAUUGGAAGUCAAACAGAGACGAUGUAGAAAUGAGAAGUUUCAAGGAUAAUGCCCAUGUUGAGUGUAACUUGCAUCGAUUACCUUCAGGAAAUUUACUUCCAUUAUCCAGCUCUCAUUUUAUUCCUGCCGAAAUUCGAAUGAGAUUUCAUCUCCAUAAUAUAUUUUCAUAUAAGCUCACUUGUCUUGUUCGAGAAUAUUAUGUAAUGCAAAAAGUUUAUGGUGAUCAAUGUAGAAACAAAAUCAAGAGACAAAUGGCGAUCAUUGGAAGAGAAAUGAAGGAAUCUGAACUUGAUGAAGCAAUCCAACACCAAGAACGAAUUCCUUUACUACAUCAAGAAAUAUUAGAUGACACUGUUGUUGAUCGUCAAAUGCAAGCUAGAAUAAAAGAAGUUGAAGUUUUACACAAAGAGAUUCUUAAUUUAGAGAAAAGCAUCGAAGAACUUCACAAAUCAUUCAUUACAAUUUCAACGUUAGUUCAUGAGCAAGGUGCAAUAGUAGAUCGAAUCGAACAACACGUUUCAAUAUCUGCAGACUAUGUGGAAGACAGCACUGAACUUCUGAAAACCAGCACAUUUCAAUCCAAAUAUAGGAAAAACAAAUGUAUAUUGGCAAUUAUUAUCGCAUCUGCAAUUGUUAUUUUAGUUAUUAUUAUUGUUGUAUCUGUAAAGAAAAAACAGUCGUCGAAUACAACGAAAGUAGUUGUGAUGCCGCCUCCAUACCCUGCUCUAACAAAACAUGAUAUAUCUUUAAUCGAUUCUGAUCAUUUAUACGGACCUAUUCAUGUUCAUCCCGGUGUUGAUAAAUACCACAUACCCCCAUAAGUUUAAACCCUUUGUUAUGUGAAGCUUAUUAAUACCGUUCUGAUUUUUUUUCUAUUGCCUUAAAAAAAAUAGACGAUAAAAAGAGAUGAUAUGUGGUAA